AUGGCUGCCAUAUGGACUAUGGUAAUUGUCCACCUCCUUCUACUGCUCCCACUCCUGCGAUCCUCCAUUGUGUUCGAGCUCCACGGCGACGUCUACCCUACUGGCCUCUUCUACGUUACCAUGAACAUUGGGGAGCCCGCGAAGCCAUACAAUCUUGACGUCGACACGGGCAGCCCCCUCACGUGGCUGGAGUGUAAUGCCCCCCUCAAGAGCACUCACAAGGGGCCACACGAACCGUACAGACCAACACGGACAAACUUGGUGCCAUGCGAAGACGAGCGUUGCGUGGCGGUGCACAGGGACCUCGGCCUCGCGCACGACUGCACUCAGAACCCACACCAAUGCGACUAUGUGCUAAGAUACAAGGACGGCGAGUCAUCCUUGGGCGUGCUCUUGAUCGACCAGUUCUCCCUCACCACCAACAAUGAGAACCGCCCCUACCUUGCCUUCGGCUGUGGGUACGACCAGGAAGGUGGGCAAGAGGCGAGAGCGGGGCCGGUGGAAGUGGACGGCGUCCUCGGGAUCGGUAGGGGAACGGGCGACCUCGUCUCGCAGCUAAGGCAACAAGGGAUAAUCACACAACAUAUCUUUGGCCAUUGCCUCGGCGUCCGGGGAGGGGGCUUCCUCUUCUUUGGGGGCGACAGGGUGCCCUCUGCCGGGGUAACCUGGGUUCCCAUGGCUCAGAAUGUCAGGAGCCACUACUCACCUGGCGCGGCGACACUAAACCUCAAUGUACAACUGGAAUACCCGGUAAGCGUUGAGCCAAUGCCGACCAUCUUCGACAGCGGGAGCACCUACACCUACGUGCAUAUGGACACAUACGCUCGCCUUAUUUCGGCUGUGGCAGUCACUCUCGAGAGUUCAUCACUUACCAAGGCGCAUGACGAUGCGCUGCCUGAAUGCUGGGAAGAAAAUGAGCUAAUUCAAUCUGUUGACAACGUCAAGAACAAAUUCAAGCCACUUGAAUUUACUUUUGGCCAUGGGGUUAAUCAAGCCACCAUGGAGAUCCCUCCUGAAAACUAUAUUGUUGUCACGCAAAACGGAAAAGUGUGCUUGGGCAUCCUCAAUGGAUCACAGAUUGGUCUGGAUCGACUGAACCUAAUUGGAGGUAAUAUAAUGCAGAACCAUAUCAUGAUAUACGAUAACGAGAGAGCGCGGAUCGGAUGGGUCCGCACGUCGUGCGAUGAAAUGCCAGGUCCCGAACCUCUCAUUGGAUCGCGUCUCUAA